CAGGCCAUCAAUCAAUAGAACCAAGCCCACAAAAAUAAAUCUAACGGCUAAUUGAAAGAAAAAUCUUGGCUAGAAAAAACAUAAAAGCCUUAUCUCUUCACCUUCAAGUCUUUAAACCCUGUCAAAGUUUCAGCUCGAGCUACUGCUGAAAAUUAUUUUUUUGUUUGUCUUUUUUGGCAAAACCCAUUGAAAAAACGAACCUUUUUUGCUUUAUCAAAAUCCCCAACUCAAAACCUCAUUUUCCAUGCAAAACUCCCACCAUUUUCCUCUCUCUAAACCAUUCCAAAACCACAUGUCCAUCCCUUUUAAAUCCCCGUCGUGGUUCUCAACAAGAAGAUUCUUUGAGCAAAAAGUCCAAGACCUUCCUAAAUGCAAUAACUUAAGCCAUGUUAAACAACUCCAAGCCCAAAUAAUCAAACAAAAUCUUCACCAACACCUUUAUGUAGCUCCAAAGUUAAUCUCAGCUUUCUCUCUUUGCCGCCAAAUAACCUUAGCCCUAAACGUUUUUAACCAAAUUCAAGACCCCAAUGUUCACUUGUAUAACACUUUGAUAAGAGCCUGUGUGCAAAACUCACAGCCAAGCCAAGCUUUUUCUAUUUUCUUUGAAAUGCAAAGGAAUGGGAUUUUGGCUGAUAAUUUUACUUACCCUCUUCUUUUAAAGGCUUGUACUGGUUUGAAAAUGGUGGAAAUGAUACAUACCCAGAUUGAAAAGAAUGGUUUUUUGAGUGAUAUUUUUGUACCCAAUGCUCUUAUUGAUAGUUAUUCAAAGUGUGGAGAAUUGGGUAUUAAAGCAGCUUUGAAGUUGUUUACGGUAAUGGAAGAUAGAGAUGUUGUUUCUUGGAAUUCUAUGAUGGCGGGGUUUAUGAAAGUUGGGGAGUUGAGGGAAGCUAGGAAGUUGUUUGAUGAAAUGCCUGAGAGAGAUAUGGUUAGUUGGAAUACAAUCUUGGAUGGUUAUGUUAAAGCAGGAGAAAUGAAGGAAGCCUUUGAAUUGUUUCAAAAGAUGCCUCAGAGGAAUGUCGUGUCUUGGUCAACGAUUGUUAUGGGUUAUAGUAAGGCUGGGGAUAUGGGUAUGGCCAGAGUUUUGUUUGAUAAGAUGCCGGUUAAGACAUUGGUUCCUUGGACUAUAAUUAUAUCUGGCUAUGCAGAAAAGGGGUUAGCAAAGGAGGCUGUUGACUUGUAUGAUCAAAUGGAGCGAAAUGGAAUGGAGUUGGAUGAUGGAACCUUUAUUAGUAUAUUGGCUGCUUGUGCUGAGUCUGGUUUGUUGGCAGUGGGUGUAAAAGUGCAUGAUUCAAUAAAGAGGCUUAAGUUUAGAUGUAGCAUUGUUGUUUGUAAUGCUUUAGUUGAUAUGUAUGCAAAGUGUGGUAGUCUAGACCAGGCGUGGAGUGUUUUUGAUGGAAUGCCAAAAAGAGACUUGGUUUCUUGGAAUGUCAUGCUGCAUGGGUUUGCUAUGCAUGGGCGUGGCAGGGAAGCACUUCAUGUUUUCUCUAGAAUGAAGAAUGAAGGGUUUCAGCCAGAUAGAGUUACUUUUGUUGGUGUCUUGUGUGCCUGUACCCAUGCAGGCUUGAUUGAUGAGGGUGUAAAAUACUUCUAUGUGAUGGAAAAGGGUUAUGGGAUUGUUCCCCAAAUCGAACAUUAUGGUUGCAUGAUUGACCUUUUAGGCCGUGGAGGACGUUUGAAGGAAGCUUUAAGGCUUGUACGUUCCAUGCCUUUCAAACCAAAUGACAUUAUUUGGGGUACACUUUUGGGGGCAUGCCGAUUGCAUGAUGCUGUAGAACUUGCGGAGAAGGUGCUUGAUCACCUUCUUAAAUUGGAUCCUACAGACCCGGGAAAUUAUUCCAUGUUAGCGAAUAUUUUUGCUGUGGCAGGGGAUUGGGACAGUGUUGCAAGUGUAAGGCUUCGGAUGAAGAGCAGAGGGGUCCAAAAACCAUCAGGAGCAAGUUCUAUUGAAAUAGAUAAUAAAGUUCAUGAGUUCACCGUAUUUGAUAGAUCACACCCUAAAUUUGAUAGAAUAUAUCAAAUGAUUGACAGGUUGGGUCAGGAGCUUAAGCAAGUUGUACAUCCCAAAGAUGCAACCUUGCCUAUAGAAGUUGGUGAGGUGGUGAUUUAGAUAGAUGCACUCCUACAAGAUUGUUUAGUUACAAUUACAAGCACUUUUGUAAAAGCCUGUGUCUGAAGAAAGUGUCAAGUUCUUUUCUUUACUGAGAUUGACACUUGUACAAAAUUAAAAGCAGGAGUAGAUGCGUGUGGUAUAGAGGGCAUGGUUUAUUAUUAUAUGAUUAUUUCUGUAAACUUAAACAUAUUUUGAUGCCAAUGUAUUACAUAUUUUUUCAAAUAGUUGACAAUUCAUGAUUUUUUUUAUGCUACUUCUCCUUUUACCGUUCCCAUGUUAAAUGGAAUUCCUUUCCUUAUUACCCUGUUUUCCCCAACGUCUACUAGCUUUCUUUCUCAAGAGUUUUGGUACAUUUUUUUUGUUGACCAGAUUUUUCUCCGGUAGAUUGCUGUAAAUUUACAAGGUUAUUGGUUUUGUUCACUAGAUGAUUAAGCACCAAUAUGUGUCCCAGGAAUUGUUUGUUGCUAUGGUUGGAUGAUUGAUCAGAAUAAACUAUAGGCUUCUUCUUUCUUUUUUCUCCACCUCACCUGUGCUCUCUCACCUUUCUUUGCAUUUAUCUGUUCCACUUGUAAGUGUUAUGUAGGCAUUGCAUAUCAUACUACUGUUGCAAUGUUUAUGUGCUGCACACCGCCAUUUUUUUGCUGUUGGAAGUGCAUGUCUGGAAAUGCCUACUGUUAUCCUCGAUCAAUAUAUCAGUCCUU